AUGUUCAUGAAUUUGGCUGCAACUAAAAAGUGGAGAAAUUUCAUAUUUGCAAAAAUUCACACAUUGCAUAGUGUCUCAAAGAAUGUUCAAUCAGAUGUUGUGGAGCUGUUGAAGCAAGUUUUGCAGUGGACGCCUCACUACAAACCAGGAUUGAACACUGCUCUAAUUCAGGCUGCAAAAGUUGGAUCUCUGGGAUGUGUCAGGAUACUUUUUUCAGCUGGUGCGGAGAUUGACACAGAGGAUGACAAUGGAGACACUCCAUUUGUUCAUGCAUUUCGCUGUCGACAUGUUGCUAUCAUGGAAUAUCUCAGAGACAAUGGCUGCAACACGGAAAUUGCAAAGAUGAGUCUUGCUCUCGGUACAAAGGACAUCCCGUUCAUUAAGUUGUGUUAUUCUUUAGAUAUUCCUGUAGAGAAUGAGGAUUGGGACACUGUUGAUCCCGCUGAAGUUCGAAUUUUGAUGAAUGAACUUCAUCUGGACCCCUUCCAAGGUCAAUAUGGUCGGCACGGAUUUGACGACUCACCAUUCAUGUAUGUAGUGCAAGAAGGCAAGCCAGAAAUAGUUAAAGCCAUGGUGCUUGAUAAUCCAAACCGGUGUAAAUAUUCUGAAGAGGAGUGGAAUUCAUUUCUAAAUUUGGCACUCUUUAGAGCAAUAAGAAAUAGGCGUCUUGAUAAUGUUCAGAUUUUAAUAUCAGAGUUGAAAGCUCAGCUAGAAACAAGAGACAACCAAGGGAGGACACCAUUCUUGGUGGCCUGUGGUCAUGAUGAAUCUAUUUCAACGUUCUUGUUGGAGAUGAAGGCUGACGUUAAUGUUGUUGAUUACGAGGGACUAACAUCGUUGCACUGGGCUUCAUGUUCCGGUCAAAAAAGAACCUGUGCAUCUCUACUGAAACUUGGAUUAGAUCCAAACUGUCGAGCAAAUCUGGGGGCCACUCCACUUAUGGUUGCAUGUUCAAAUAGAAAAACUGAAAUAGUUGAGUUAUUUUUGAAUCCUAUCAAUAACCAUUUAUUAGGCAGCUACCAAAGUUUAGAGAAUAUAAUCUCAGCAAACCCUGAUGUUCGAACACCUGAAGGAUGGACCGCCCUCCAUGUAGCGGUUAGAGCAUGUGCACCAUCUGCAAUUUUAAGAUCGCUGCUGAGGCACGGAGCAAAUCCGGAUGUAACGUCAUCUACACUGACCCACAACGGAGAUCCGGUUCCUGCCUCCACUCCUCUACUCAUUGCCAUUGCUCUCAAUAGCUUGCGUAUGGUGCAGUUGUUGUUGAAUGUUAAUUGUGAUAUAGACAUGCCUGGAUUGGUGCAUCUGGAUGGCGUGUGGGGAAUCAAAAACUUCGGCGACUGUCUGAACAGUGGAAGUAGUACUGGCGGUAUUUUAUCGUCUUCGUCACCUCCAUCAUUUUCCAUGAGUUCUAGCGAGUCUGAAUCGGAAGAUUCAAAGAAAUAUCGAACCUGUGUUCCAAUUCAUUUUGCUGUGGCAUCAAGGGCAUGGGACAUAGCCACCAUUCUGAUUAGAGCUGGUUGUAAAAUGGACUCAAUUGCAUCCUGGAUUGAAACUUCACCCAGAAAGGUCUGUCAGAAAACUCUUCCGUCGGCGGCCACGACAUCAACUGUGGUCACCGUCAUUCCUUCAUCGGCUUCCACUUUGGGUCUGCACCAGUUGCCAGAAGAUCGUUUGAAGCAGUUGCGACAGUUGGUGUGGGAGGCCACGUCUGCUCCUUGGAAACUAAAAUGGUUGUGCAGGUCUGUUAUUAGGCGGCAUUUUGGUAAAUGUGAUUUGAUGGAGAAGGUGGAAAGAAUUGAAAUAUUACCUCACAGUGUCAAACAAUAUCUUCUUUAUUAUGAUCUUUUCAAAUCUGUUUCUAAUUCUUUUGAUGUUUGAUGGUUUGAUAUUUGUAUUAUAUUAAUUCAAACUCACUAAAUAAUGUAGUUUGGUGGAAACCAUGGCAUAAUGACAUUUUUGUCGUUGCAUGUCUUGAAGUACACUGGAAUGUCUUUUUGAUUUUCAUUAACUCAAACGAUCCAUACAAAUUUUUGGCUGUUGUAAAGGAUUUUAAUAAUUUUAUUUUAAAUCUAGACAUUUUCUUACACUUUUUCCAGUUUUUCUGUUUUCUUUUUUUAUUUCUUUUUUAAUGUUCAUGUUGCAUGAUCUCGCCAAACAAAUAUUUAAGUAUUUAAGACUAAGUAUUUUUUCCUCCUAUGUUUAUUUGUGCCAUAUCAUUUUUGGAUCAAUAUCUGAACUGGGUCAUUUUUUUCAGAAGUUUUGGUAUGGCAUUACUAUCAAACGUUACCCUAUCCAGUAAAUUUUUUAUUUUUCAUGGGAAAUGUAUGAAAAAAUUGUUCAGUUUUUCCCAUCAGGAGCUUUAUUACUUUUUCUCAUUGAACCCAACUGGUUAUUUGCACGAGAUUUUGUUCUGUAUUUUGUGGGUUAAA